AUGCCUCUGUUCACCAAGGAACCUUCUAGAACACCUGUCUUGGCAGGUGACCUCAAUGUGGUGGAGAGGGCACAGAACUUAUCAGUUAGUGACUGCUUCCAGUCCAGGAAUACUGUCCUCCAAGGGCAGCCUUUUGGGGGUAUCCCCACUGUACUGUUACUCAAUAUCUUCUUGUGGUUGGUCAUCAUUAUACUUUAUUCCUUCCUCCGGAAAGCUGCGUGGGACUAUGGGCGCCUGGCUCUACUGAUACACAAUGACAGCCUGACCUCGCUGAUCUACGGGGAGCAGAGCGAGAAGACUUCUCCUUCGGAGAUUUCUCUGGAGAUGGAACGCAGGGACAAGGGUUUUUGCUCCUGGUUCUUCAACAGCAUAACCAUGAAGAAUGAGGAUCUGAUCAGUAAAUGUGGUGACGAUGCCCGUAUCUACAUCAUGUUCCAGUACCACCUCAUCAUCUUCGUGCUUGUCCUCUGCAUCCCCUCCUUGGGCGUUGUUUUGCCCAUCAACUAUUUUGGAACUGUUCUGGAAUGGAAUAGUCACUUUGGUCGGACCACCAUUGUCAAUGUCUCCACAGAGAGUAAGAUUCUGUGGCUGCACAGCUUCCUGGCCUUCCUCUACUUCAUCAUCAACUUCUUCUUCAUGGCUCACCACUGCUUGGGGUUUGUGCCACAGAAGCAUGAAAAGGUCACAAGGACACUGAUGAUCACCUAUGUGCCCACGGAUAUCCAAGAUCCAGAACUCAUCAGCAAACAUUUUCACGAGGCCUACCCAGGGUGCGUAGUGACCAGAGUCCACUUCUGCUAUGACGUCAGGGAACUGAUUGAAUUGGACGACCAGAGGCGCCAUGCGAUGCGGGGUCGGCUCUACUACACAGCCAAGGCCAAGAAGAGUGGGAAGGUGAUGAUCAAGGUUCACCCCUGCUCCCGACUGUGCUUCUGCAAGUGCUGGACCUGCUUCAGGGAGGUAGAUGCAGAGCAGUAUUACAGUGAGCUGGAGGAACAGCUGACCGAUGAGUUCAACGCCGAGCUCAACCGUGUUCGGCUGAAACGUCUGGACCUGAUCUUUGUCACCUUCCAGGAUGCCAGAAUGACACAGUACAUCCUGGAGGAUUACAAGUACAUCCAGUGUGGCGCACGCCCCAACCAAUCCUCAGUGACCACCAUUGUCAAGUCGUAUCGCUGGAGGAUCACUCUUGCCCCACACCCCAAAGACAUUAUUUGGAAACAUCUGUCCAUCCGUCGCUUCUUUUGGUGGGCCCGAUUUAUUGCAAUCAAUACCUUCCUCUUCUUCCUCUUCUUCUUCCUCACCACACCUGCUAUCAUCAUCAACACCAUUGACAUGUACAAUGUCACCCGCCCCAUCGAGAACCUGCAGAGCCCCAUUGUGACCCAGUUCUUCCCCUCCCUGUUGCUGUGGAUCUUUACAGUGAUUAUGCCUCUGAUGGUCUACUUCUCUGCCUUCCUUGAGGCGCACUGGACCAGAUCGAGUCAAAAUCUGAUCAUAAUGUACAAGUGUUACAUCUUCCUGGUGUUCAUGGUGGUCAUUCUGCCCUCUAUGGGACUGAUGAGUUUGGAUGUAUUUUUACGUUGGCUCUUUGACAUCUAUUAUCUGGACCAGGCAUCUAUCCGGUUUCAGUGCGUGUUCCUGCCAGACAAUGGCGCCUUCUUCGUCAACUAUGUGAUCACUGCAGCUUUGAUUGGCACCGGCAUGGAGUUGAUGCGUGUGGGUUCACUCUUCCUGUAUAGCACCCGCCUCUUCUUCUCCAGGUCGGAGCCAGAGAGAGUUCAAAUCAGAAAGCGCCAGGCCCUAGACUUCCAGUUUGGGCGAGAGUACGCAUGGAUGAUGAAUGUUUUCAGCGUGGUCAUGGCGUACAGCAUCACCUGCCCGAUCAUUGUCCCUUUUGGGCUGCUGUAUCUGUGCAUGAAGCACAUGACAGACCGCUACAACAUGUACUACUCCUAUGUGCCCACCAAGCUCAACGAGCAGAUCCACAUGGCCGCGGUCCACCAGGCCAUCUUCGCACCACUCCUGGGUCUAUUAUGGAUGCUUUUCUUCUCCAUCCUACGACUAGGUUCAACCCACGAUAUCACCAUCUUCUCCCUCUCCACCCUUCUCCUUUCCAUAAUUAUCUCCUUCCUUAGCACUCUUCUGGAGAAGCUUCGGAGAGUAUCUAGCUAUGAGCCUGAGGAGGAGAUCCAGACUGUGUUUGACAUGGAGCCAAGCAGCACCUCCUCCACGCCCACCUCCCUUAUGUAUGUGGCCACCGUGCUACAAGAGCCAGAGAUGAACCUAACCCCAGCCACUUCUCCUGCCCGGCACACCUAUGGCACCAUGAACAGCCAAACAGAGGGAGAAGAGGAGAGUGGCCUGAGGGGGUUUGCAAGGGAUCUGGACUCAGCCCAGUUCCAGGAUGGGCUGGAACUAGAGAGUCAGAGCCAAUACCAGUGA